AUGGCUGUUGAUGGUUAAAUUUAAAUGAUAUGUUUUAUUCCUCUUCCAGAGACCUGUUGCCUAAAGAUUUUGUAGUUUAUACCUAUAAUGCAGAAGGGGCUCUAAUCUCUGACCAUCCCAAUACACAGAAUCAUUGUCACUAUCGGGGCUAUGUGGAGGGAGUUUAUAAUUCAUCUGUUGCUCUUAGCGACUGUUUUGGACUCAGAGGAUUGCUGCAUUUAGAGAAUGGAAGUUAUGGCAUUGAACCCCUGCACAACAGCUCUCACUUUGAGCACAUACUUUAUCCAAUGGAUGGUGUUCACCAAGAGCCCCUGAAAUGUGGAGUUUCUAACCAGGAUAUAGAGGAGGGAACCACAGAGGAUGAAGUGGAAGAGCAUACCAGCAUGACUCAGCUACUUCGAAAAAGAAGAGCCGUCCUGCCUCAGACCCGCUACGUGGAGCUGUUCAUUGUUGUAGACAAGGAAAGGGUAGGAAAUGGUGACAGUUUUUCUUCUUUUUCAUGAAAAGCAGAUGAGAAGUGAGCAUCUCAUGAAGGAAAUAUAACGUAUGAUAAAUAUUUGUAUUGGUUUUUCUUUUUUAAAAAUUUUCUUUUGAAUUAGCAUAAUUAAUGACAUGAGAGGCCUUUUCAAGGUUAAUAAUUCAUGGACCACUAUACAGUAUGUUUUGAAUAAGUGAUAAUUUUAAAACUAAAUGGCAUUUUCUUUUUUUCCUGAGACAUAUCUUGCUAUGUAGUCCAGGCUGGCCUUGAACUCCCAAUUUCCUGCUUCCUCCUCCCCAGUGAUGAGAUUACAGGCAUGUGCCACCAUGCUGAGCUUCCAGUAACAAACUUAUGCUGCCUAUCACUAAGGGUCUUGAGAACUUUUCACAUAGGCUGAGACUAUAAAUCAAGCCAAUCAGGUGUUGCCUAAUGAAAUUUAUCUGCCUUACGGAAUUUCAGCUAACCUGUACUUCACUUUAAGAGACAAGAAAACAUCCAGCUGCUGGCAUGCUUUAGAAACAAUACUAUUAAA